CGUGUCCCCAUUUACUGCAAAAGGUAAAACCCUUCUUCAUUGUAGUCAGCGCCCUCCAACAAACCCGAAACCCACAACACCACCGGCACCUACCCCCAUUCCAAUUUCACUUCACUUCAUCGAUCUUUGAAUCAAUUUCGAGAUACCCAAUUCAAAAAAGUGUCCAACACUUUCUUGUUUCAGUAACAAAAUCAAAUUCCCCCAACCCAUUUAGGGAAAAAGGUUAAAUAUCUGAUUAUUAGGGUAUCUUAUAACUUCCUGAAUCAAAUCAGAACAAGAUGGACGAACAAGAAGAAAGUAUUAAGAGAAGAAAAGAUGGGAACUUGAUCUGGAGGCCUGUAAAUUGGUUUAAAAAGUUGAGUGAUGAAUUAAGCUGGAGAUUUGUUUUGUCUGUGAUUAUUGUGUAUGGGAUUAAUCAGGGUAUAAGUAUAGGUUUGUAUCGUGUAAGUGUACAAUACUAUAUGAAAGAUGUGCUAAAGUUGCAACCUUCAGAAGCACAGUUUUACUCUGGGAUUAUUGGGAUACCUUGGAUUAUUAAGCCUCUUUGGGGUCUUAUGACUGAUAUUGUUCCGAUUUUUAGAUUAAGGAGACGCCCUUACUUCAUAUUUGCUGGUUUAGUUGGUUCAAUAGCCAUGCUAAUACCAGCUUUCAGCACAAACUUGCCAGCCGUAUGUGCUAUAUUGUCUUUUAUGACAGCGGGCGCAGGGGUCGCUAUAGCCGAUGUGACAAUUGAUGCUUGUGUGACAGAAAACAGUAUAAGCCAUCCUUCUCUUGCUGGUGACAUGCAAAGCUUGUGUGGAGUUAGUUCCUCAAUUGGACAACUGGUCGGGUUUGCAUUGAGUGGCGUUCUUGUUCAUAUAAUUGGACCCCAGGGUGUAUUUGGGGUAUUAAGUAUCCCUGCUGGACUGGUUAUUUUGGUUGGAUUGAUGUUGCAAGAACCGCUUGUCCACAGCUAUUCUCACAAGCGGGUAAGGCAAAAGUUUCUCGAUGCUAUAAAAACCAUGGUGACAGCCCUGAAAACGCCAGAAGUUUGGAGACCGUGUUUGUAUAUGUAUCUAUCACUUGCGUUAGGUGUGAGUAUUCAUGAAGGAAUGUUCUAUUGGUACACCGAUGCAAAAACGGGCCCAUCUUUCUCACAGGAGGUUAUCGGAUCCAUAUUCUCAGUGGGUGCAGUCGGGUCCCUUUUGGGUGUUCUUCUAUACCAAAACGUGUUCAGAAGCCACCCGUUUCGCGGUGUAUUAUUUUGGACCCAAUUGCUCUAUGGCGCUUCAAGUCUUCUCGAUUUAGCUUUGGUGUUACGGUUAAACUUAAAGCUCAACGUACCCGAUUACAUAUUCGUAGUAAUGGACGAAGGGGUUUCCAAAAUGAUCGGGCGUCUCCGAUGGAUGCCGCUUCUUGUUCUCAGCUCCAAACUAUGUCCCUCCGGAAUCGAAGGCACUUUCUUCGCUUUACUAAUGUCAAUCGAUCAUAUCGGGACGCUUACAUCAUCAUGGGCGGGAAGUGUUUUGCUUCAUGCCUUAAACGUCACAAGAACUCGGUUUGAUAGUUUAUGGGUUGCGAUUUUCAUUCGAAGUAUCGCGAGAAUUCUUCCGAUUGGGCUUUUGUUUUUAGUGCCCAGUAACGAUCCGAAUUCGACUAUUCUUCCAUCUGAAUUGCUGACGACAAAAAGGGGCGAUGAUGUAUUGGGAUCGGGAGAUUCGGAAAUGAUCUCGUUGGUUCAUAAUAGCAUGUGAUUGAUGGUGGAUUGCUUCCAUACAUUCAUAGUUUUGUAACUUGUGUACUUAUGUCUUUUAAGUUUAUAAAGUACACCCAUUUUCUUUAUUUCUUAAACUUCUUGUAGGAAUAUGAUCUUUUCUUCAACUAAAAUUAGUUUUUUUUUAA